AUGCUCCCUACGGAGCUGGGCUCCUAGCUUUAUCCAUUCCCACGCUAAGCAUUACAGAAUUGCAAAAUGGAAACAUAAGCCAACCCAAGAGGGAAGAAGAGAAAAAACAGAGUGAGAGAGAGAGAGCGAGACGGCAGCCUAUAUCAAUUUCAGAGCUGCUGAUCAAAUGGCCUCAAGGAAGGGCUUCCUGGUGAAACCAAGUUUUACAUUUGCAACCGCCUCGCACGCCCAUUUCCACCCAGACUCCACAGAGGGCGUUUCGAAAUUCGACGAAGCUGAGUUAUGGAACUUGUCAAGCAACGCCAACUCUAUAAAAGAGGCCAGUCGGGAUGUUGAUACAGGUGGAAGACGGAGUUCGUUGGAAACGUCAGGCUCAUUGCCUGUCAACAUACCUAACUGGUCCAAUAUUUUGAAGGGCCAUCGCAAGAGGGGGAGUGCAGUGGAUGAGGAUGAAGGUGAUGAGCACGGAGAGAUCAGAAUACCACCCCACGAGUAUCUAGCCAGGACCAGAGGGGCUUCCUUCUCAGUACAAGAAGGGAUUGGGAGAACUCUCAAAGGCAGAGACUUGUGCAGCGUUAGAAAUGCUGUCUGGAAGAAAGUUGGUUUUGAAGAUUAAGAAGAAGGAAGACCUCUCGAGGGUCACUAGACCGUACAUGCAUGGAUUCCAUUCCAUGAGUUUUGACCGUUACCUAAUUAGAUAUUGACAUCUUCAUGCUCUGUUCUGCUCAUUCCCUCUUCUUUUUCUUUUGUUCUUCUAGUUGCGAUCUUUUCUUUUCACUCUGGUCAAGGAGACGAUCAAGCCUCCCUGAUAUUGGGUGUCCGGCCAGAGGUUUACAGUAAGGAUUGCCCAUGUUAUAUAGACGCUAUUAUAAUUAGUUUAUCAGAUUCACUUGUGCUGAUGGAUUCUUUCAUGCCCCUGUUCCCUCCAUUUUUGGGCUUGGGAGCAGGGGAGGAUAUUGAUGAGAGACAAAGACACGGGUGGAGUCCAUGGGCUUGGUGGUUAGCGUAACACGGUUGGUAAGAAAGGCACUUCCCAGCUUACAUCAUGUGUUUGAGUAAAAUUCAUGAAAGGAUAGGAACAAAUCCAACUUUUACCUUUU